AUGUCGGACAGUUAUCCAUUCCCCCGUUCCCAGCAUCGAAAGACCCUGACGACACAUAAAAGGGUCGCGAGCAGCCGGUCGAGCUCCUUCUCCAGUUCACCACAACGAACAGUUGAGCGCACCGAACACAUUCAAGAGACCCGGCGCACUCCAUACGAGUCCCAGAUCGAAAGCACUCCUGCAACUAUCGUUACGCCAGACACUCCUGACAUUCCUGCCACUCCAAAAGCCCCUGAAAAACUUGAGGCUCCUGUCAAUCCAUCCACACCACCCCCCACACACCGUCAACCCCGAGGUCUGUUAUAUAAAAGCACCUGUUUCAUCAUGAUGCUCUUUUCCCUCGGCCUCGUCGCCAUCCUUCUUCAGAUCUCGCCCCUCGAGGCGAAGCUGUACCGUCAGAACGUCCUCACCUUCGAGGUCAGCCCUGACGCCAAGAUCACUGGCCAGAAGAUCGAGUACAAUGACCCCGACUGCGACCCUGGUAUGCACUGCGUCGUGACCAAGACCUGUGCUGCCCCAGGCACGGGCCCGACCCUGAGCGGCGACAAGAAGUACUUCGCCUGCUGUCUGGCUGGACAGCAUCUGCUUGGUAGCGCCGAUACGGCGUUUGACUGCUGCGCCGACGGCCAUGACCUGGCUGGAUCCAAGGCCACGGGCUACCACUGCUGUCCGAAGGGAUUUGAUUUCGACGGCGUCUUGUGCAAGCAGGUAUGCCAGAACGGCAAGAAGCUGGUGAAUGGCAAGUGUGCCUGCGCUGAGGGCACCGAGGAGGCCCAGGACGGAACCUGCCAUCCCAAGCGGGACAUCCCCGGCGUGUGCCACUCGGGACUCGAGUCUGGUAAGUUAGGCAGCCUCAGCCCUUGCCUUUACGCCCGUUGUACUAAACCCCGUCAAGGAAAGUGCUACACGUUCACAGCGGAGAACGGCAACCGCCUCGGCCUCCGCAACGACAACGUCUACUACGCCGCCCCAGACAGUAUGGUGCAGCGAUACGGCAAGUUCCAGCUCUGCAUUGACGAGAAAUGCACCCCCGGCAAGACCAUCAACCCCUCGGACAAGAGCUACAUCCGCGACAUGUACGGCGACCUCGCCACCGGCGCUAACAAGGGCCAAUGGCUCAACAACGCGCAGAACGGCGCGCAUAUCGGGCGCACCCCCAACUUCGCCUUGGCUGGCCAGUUCGCACUGAGCAAGUGGCCGUGCGGCAAGUACUGUCUCGGUGGCUUUGCAGCGGGCAUUGGGCCUGCUUGUCCCGCCGAGGUUCCUGCCAUGACCUUCUACUCGCAGGAUCCGCAGAUGUGUGUGCCGUUCGACCUCACCGAGGUCCCGUGUGAUAUCCGGGACAAUGCGAACAACUGUAUCUGGAAGAAUGGAGAUCAGUGCUGCAACAAGGUCGAUUGUGCCUGGAAGCCCUUGGCUGGGAAGGCUUAA